AUGAACAAUACAUACAAUAGAGUCACUAGAAAAGAUCAGCCACAACUUGAACAAAGAUCUCUGCCUAUCCCGCACCAAGCUACGAUUGAUAUACCAUUAUAUCCAACUCCGCAAAAGAGACAGAAUAGUUUAUCUGCAUACAUGGUGAGUAAUUCCAAUAAAAGAACUCCCAAUCCUUUGCAGACCCCGUUGGGCAUGCAAACUGCAAAUACAAAGGAUUAUCCCUUCAAUACGUCUACUACAGGAAUAUCGAACCCACUACCAACCCAAGCACAAGGACAACCUGCUAGGUUCACUCGUACACAGCCUACAUCAACGAAUGUUCGCAAGCAACAGCCACACCAACACCUUCACAAAACACCAACACCAUCUCCAUAUGAGGUUCCAUCCAGUCCGAAUGUUAAUCAUUUAUCUCAUUUAACCCAGCAAAAUCACUCAGAUCUGUCUGACUCAAAUGCAGUAUUGGAUCUGGCCCAUCCGGAAACCAGUAGUGAUGUGAAAUAUUUACCUCAGAGGGUCUCUUCACGAGAACAGCGACAGCAACCAUCACCACCACAGUAUCAUCAAUCUCCAACUCAAACUCAAAAGGGACAAGUACAACAACCCUUAGACCAGCAAACUUCCCAACAGCAACAACAGCAACAAAGAGCUAUGUCAGAUGAAGAACAACAACUUGCUACCAAGCUUAAAGAGACUUAUAAGAACAUUGUCAAUUUUGAAGAAAUUGUUCAAAAGAAUUGCAUUGAAAUCACCAUCAAGAUUAAUCAAAUUACAAGUAAUUCCAACAAUCCAACUAGUUUAGUUUAUGGAAGUUCUCCUAUGUUAAAUCAACAAAUGUCGAACUCAUUAGUAUCAAAUACAUCUUCGACGAGUCGUACUUCGGAAUUGCUGAAUGAUCUAUGGACAGUUUAUCAUCACAAUAUCACUUUGUUGGACAAUUAUUACGAUUUCUUGGUCACUUCCUUAAAACCCUCGUCUAACCAAACUCAAUUCAAAACCGGGAAGAACAUUGUGGAACUUUAUAAAAUCCCAAGAAGAAUGUGGGUUUACGGUAUAGUUGGAUUUCUCGAAGUUUUAAAGAACAUAAUGGGGAUUUUCCAAGAUCACGAAAUUUGUCUGUGUUUUAUAUCAUAUUGUUUUAAUAUCAUUUCCAAUUUAACUGAUCCCAUUUUAGAAAUGGAGGGUUGGUGGCUGGAAAAGUUGGGAGAUUUAUCACGAAUGGCCAUUGCAUUAUAUGCUUCAAAAUUUAUAGAUUGGAAAAUAAGUGCUGAAUACUGGUAUUCGAUAGCAAUGAAGACACUUUAUGGGCAUGGAAAGAUUUAUUAUCACAUGUGUACCGUCCAACAAGAUAAUUUGGAUGCAUUAGUCAAUAUUGGUAAGUCGGUCAUUUGUCGUGAUCCAUUUGUUCCAACCCAGCACUAUUUGAGAUUAGUGGUUGAGAAUAUCUGUACUCAGCGAAAUAUUUUAUCAUUAUUGGAAUUACCUAUUAUUGAUUUCAUAAAGAUUCAUAAGGUUUUACUCAGUAUAUACACCAAUAGAAGCAAUGACUCCAAUAACAACACAAACAACAAUAAUGGAGAGAUUCUUGAUUCUCAAGUACAAUAUGGAAUUGAUUUAGUGACUAGAUAUGGAUUAACGUUUGGAUCCGAUUCAAAUGGUUACAACUUCUUUACUCGGGAAAUGUAUACUCCAAGUGGAACAGCCACAGAUGCCCACCAACAGAAUCACAUUCCACAGCACCCAUAUCUUCAGCAUCAACAACCACAUGCUCAGCUUCAAACACAACAUCAUCAACCUAGUGCUUCCAAUACGAUUGAAAAGAUGAAUUUCUGGUUCAACAAAGGUUCAUUAUUUGCCAUUGCCAAUAUUAACCAUUUGAUUGGAUUUGGAGAUGCUAAGAAUCCAUUUGCUAAAUUGUUUGAAUUACCAGAGGCAUUGAAGGAACGCAAGGAUAAGAAGGAUAGAAAGAAAAAGUCAAGAACUUCAUCUACGACCCAGAUUGAAGAUAUCAAUGCUGGAACAACUUCCAAUGGUGGUGGUUCAGGGGGUACAGCCGCUGCUUCCGCUAGUGCCGCGCCAAAUGCAAGUGGUGGUGUCGAUGGCCAAUCAAUCACUGCAUCCGAUUUAUCCGUUGACGAUUGGUUCUACUGUUUGCAAUUCAUCAAUAAAUCAGUAUUGGAAUUGUCGAUCAGGAUCUUGAAUCAUUAUUUGGUUGGUCCCAAGCAAGCAUCUACUGGGCAUGUCAUUGUGUGGUUAUACUUUUUGAUCAGUAUUGGUGAAGCCACGAAAAAAUACCCUACUUCGCAGCCUAUGUUUCAGUGGUUGUUGCGUAGAUUAUUCCCUUGGGAGCUGCUCUUGAAUUAUUUGAAUUCAUUAUUGGGCAUUGUCAAGAAUAAUCCAAAAUUGUGUACCAUGUACACUAAUUAUCUCCAGUUGAAUUAUAUCCAGCAUUUCAAUGAAAACGAGUUCCUUCCUGAAGUGUGGAAAUGUUGGGGUACUCUUUGGUUUGACUUUAUUUGUGAAAAGGGAGAUUAUGCCUACUUGGAUGAAGCUGGGGUUAAGAAUAACACUUUGUUUGACUUGCCCGUGUGUGGAAUCUAUCCUGUCAUCAAUAACAAUAUGUCGAGUUCUGGAUCAGCGACCGGAGCAACUGAUGUUAAUUUUGACCAGAAGCUGAGAAACCAAAUGGAGAAUGACAAUGAUGAACGAAUUAUCAGAAUAAUCUUGUUGGCUAGGACCCUUGCUGAUGAGUAUGACUUUGGAUUGGUUCGUACUAGUGAAGAAUUCAAAUUUGAUAUGCAAAUAUAUGAGUCUCGAGACAUGGUGUCCCAUGAUAACCACAACUACGUGUAUAUUGAGGACUUUAUGUUGAGUGAUGGUAGAUUGGUUCAGAAUAAUUUCAUCCAACCAAUAUCCAUAGAGAACUUGACUACUGAGAUUAAUAGCAAUUUAACCUCGUCACAAAAGGAUGAAUUGUGGUUUGGUGAUUCGCAUUUGUAUGAUGAUGAAAAUAUUGAAAUUGGAGAAGAGAUUAUUGAUGAUGAUGAUGACGACGAGGAAGAGGAUGAAGAAAUCGAAGGUGAAGUCGACGAAGAAGAUGACGACUAUCGCUCACCACGUCAACCACAGACAAACUCAUUCAGUCAAUAUCAACAACAACCACAACAAAGAGACUAUUAUCAGGAUAGCUUUAUCGGUACUCCAACCGACCCAAUGUCAUUAGGUGAUAUGAUUCAUGGAAGCGAAGAUGGUGAUAUUGAAGGUAAUUUCGGAGAUAAGAUAGAUACAAAUAUAACAUACAUUACAUUGGAUACAAACAUUUGGUUAAAGCAUUGUGGUAGAAUAUUCAAAUGUGUGAGAAAUGGUGUUUUUAAAGUAUCGAUUCCAUUGAUUGUGUUUCAAGAGUUGAGAGCAUUGAGAAAAUCAGCCGAGGCAACCAUUGCCGAUGCAGCUACUAGAUCAGUUAUCAUUGUCCGUGAAUUGUACUUUGCCCGAGAGAUACUUCCAUUACGAUUUGAUGGAACUAUCGCCAGUGAUAUCAAUGAAACUACAGAAUUUGAGAAUAACUCAAAUUGGAGAUCUAAUGUUGAUGAAACGAUUCUUAAUUCCGUACAUGAACAUGAUGCUAUUGGUAAGAGAUUAAUGACUGGUUUGAAUUUACGGUUAGCUGGUAGACCAACGCAAGAUUUGUAUCUGACAAGAAUUAAUAGAAGAGGAUCAAGCGUGAGUGGAGGAGUCUACGACAGCCAAGCACCAGUGGUUUUGAAUUCGAAAAUGGCCAAAUCGUUCAAGUAUUGUAUUUUGAUCACGGAUGAUCGAAACAUGAGGUUGAGAGCAAAGACAAUCGGAGUGACUUCAUUCCAAAGUAAAUGGUUGUUUGGACAAUUGGAAACGAUAUUUCCUCAUCUUUGUAUUGAUUAG